CCACCACCCACUUGCCUCCUUCCCCCUUCAUCCUCAUCGCUCCUCCACCUCCUCUGGGCUUUCAAUGACUUGUUGAGCUUUUAGGGUGUCUUUCCUGCACGUUUCUUUUCCGUGUUUCUUUCAUUUCGUCGUUGUUUUGUGAAAAUGGCGGUGGAUCUGAUCAGUUUUCCGAAGAUGGAUGAUCAGAAGGCCAUACAAGAGGCUGCAUCGCAAGGCUUGAAGAGCAUGGAGCACCUGAUCUGCCUCCUUUCUCACCAGUCAAACCAAGUCGACUGCACGGACCUGGCCGACAUCACCGUCUCUAAGUUCAAGAAGGUCAUCUCGCUUCUCAACAGGACCGGUCACGCCCGGUUCAGACGAGGACCGAUUCAGUCCUCAUCUUCCUCGUCUUCCCCAUCAUCAUCCUCUGCUGCUCUAUAUGUUCCUAAUUCCCACAAGACUCGGGCUCUAACUCCGGCUCCGGCUGCUACCUCAGCGACUAUAAAUCCGGCGCCAGUCGCUGCUCCGGUGAUCACUCCCGCUAGUUUCGUCCAAUCGCAGACACACAGUUUGACGCUCGACUUUACAAAACCUAGUUUGUUCAGCUCCAACACUAAAAGCACUGAGUUGGAGUUCACAAAAGAAAGCUUCAGCGUUUCGUCGAACUCUUCGUUUAUGUCUUCUGCCAUCACCGGAGACGGCAGCGUUUCCAACGGGAAGCAAGGAUCCUCUCUAUUCUUGGCGCCGGCACCGACCGUUUCCGCGGGAAAACCACCGCUCUCCUCGGCUCCGUACAAGAAGAGGUGCCACGAACACGACCACUCCGAGGACUUAUCCGGCAAGUUCUCCGGGUCCGGCAACGGCAAGUGCCAUUGCUCAAAGCGAAGGAAGAAUCGUGUGAAAAAAGUUAUCAGAGUUCCAGCGAUCAGUUCGAAGAUCGCCGAUAUUCCACCGGACGAAUUUUCCUGGAGGAAGUACGGGCAAAAGCCGAUCAAGGGCUCACCGUACCCACGGGGAUAUUACAAGUGCAGUACCAUCAGAGGAUGCCCAGCGAGGAAACACGUGGAGCGAGCCCCGGAUGAUCCGGCUAUGUUGAUCGUAACUUACGAAGGGGAGCACCGCCACUCUCAACCCGCGAUGCAGGACAACGUGGCUCCUGGGGUGGGACUGGUCUUCGAGUCAACGUGAUAAACAAACUAAAGAGAGAGAAAAGAAAAAAAGGUAUUAAGGAAGAGAAGGACGUAGACUUUUGUAAUAUUUGGAGUAGUAGUUGAGGGGGGGGCUUUGAAUGUAAAUUUGUUUUUGUAUUUUUCCGAAUGGAAAACAAAAAAAAAAUGGUAGAUUAGUUGAGAUUGUGCCAAUCGGUGCUUAAAGUAAAAUUAAAAUUUAAUUAAAUUGUUUUGUUUCUUGUU